GGUAAGACCAAGCUGUGGUACAGUCAUCAAGCAAGCGACACCGUACAGCGAAAGCACUUUUGGUUUUGCCAGUGACUUGGAUCAUUCAAAAGUUCGACGGAUAAAAAGAUCGUCCGGAUAAAAACGAGUGCGGAUUGGUGGAUAAUCCACCAAUCCAAGGCCGAGACGACGUCGAAGCGCACAACGCGAACGCACCAUGGACGAAGAGGAGUGGUCCAAGGAGCAAGAAGCGAACCGGAAGCCAGGGCAGAAGCACCCGACGCCGUCUCCAGGGUUCGCAGAUCGUGUGUUCUACGAGAGCUUGUUGUCGCAGAACCCGAAGAGCAAGAUGGCGAAGAAAUGGUGCCUUGAAUACGGCGUGCUCGAAUGGGACGACGCCGCGGUGCUGUGCAAGGAAUUGGGUGUGUCGUAUUCGUCCAAGGGGGCAGCGAAAAAAUCUUCAGAACCAAAGAAACGAAAGGCCAACAACAUUUUGGACGACACCGUCGACGACACGGGACUGCAUGCCAGCAGCAACUACGAAGGAAUUGGGAUCGGAGGCGUGUAGGGUGUGCAGUUCCGCCAUAAGCUAGGUGACGCCAAUAAACUCGAACCCGUCGUCCGUAUGCAUUCGCACACCAUGGUAUUCCACCCCGCCAUGAGCCUAUUGUCGUGGUCGCAUAGAACGCUCGAUCAUGUCCUAUCGCGUACAUCAAGUUGAGAGUUAUUCUAAGCGAAUGACAUUUCGUCCCAAA